UCUACUUUACGGAGGCGCGAGCCUUAUAAUUAAAGAAGAAGAAGAGGAUGUCUCGUAUAUAUCAUGAUUCUAAAUUGUUCUAAACGCAAUUUGAUAUAAGUCAUUUGAUGAUCGCACGCUGCAGCUGUUUAGCGAAAAAUUCUUGAUUGACUGAUAGUACGUUGUUAAAAACUAUGAAAAUCAAUGAGAAGAAUAUGGUAGCAUUUGCAACCUCUGCAACGCCAGUAGACCGUGAAGGUUGGUUGAAUAAACGUGGAGAGAUAAAUCGUGGAUAUCACAAGCGAUGGUGUGUUCUCAAAGGAAAUAUAUUAUUCUAUUUUGAUCGCCGCGGUGACAGAGAGCCGGUAGGCAUGAUCGUGCUCGAAGGUUGUACGAUUGAAUUGGCAGAGGAUGAAGAACAGUUUGGCUUUAAGAUAGUUUUUCAUGGACCAAAUAAUAGAAGUUAUGUUUUAGCUGCAGAGUCCCAGGAAUCUAUGGAACAAUGGAUGAAGGCUUUAGCAUGUGCUAGUUAUGAUUAUAUGAAACUUAUGGUGACAGAAUUGCAACGUCAGUUGGAUUCAGUAGAGGAAGAAACAGCUUCCACACCGAUUCAACAAUCUCCUAAAGCUCCACCGAGACAACGACAUAAUCCGUUCAAUAGACCAGAUUCUCAUCAUCGGUCUCAGAGUGUUAGAUCGGCACCUGGUAGGACCGAGAACGUACCUAGGACUAGAAUAACUUUUCGUGAGCUUCAUACAGCAUAUGGCAGGCGAAUCUUGGCAGAUCUGAAUGCGUGGAGACAUGCGAAGAAAAAUGCAGAGGCUCCGCUAAUAACUCUCUAACUUUGUAUAUAUUUUAUAGAUGAUUAAACAAAGUAUACUUCAACAUUGUACAUAAUCUAAGAGAAUUACUGGUUCAAAAAGUCAGCUAUACAUUAACAUGGAGAACGUAACUUGUGUUAUAUUGAGUAUGUGUGUAUGUAUGUAUGAACAUGUCUGUAUGUAAAGAUGUAAAACUAAUUAAUUUAGACAAAAAUAGAUUUGUUUCAUAAAAUAUAGUUCUUAUU